GACACUCCUUGCAUGUGGGUUUAAUUGUCUUGGGAUCCCAAACGCGGAGACAUAUCUAACGGUAUCCGCAUAUGUUUAAUGUUAAAUUAUGUGGAUUUUUUCAAGACACAGGUUAACUGGCUUGACUGGUUUAUGGCAAAGAAACUUAGCGUACGCAGUCAGUACGAUGGGAUAAGCGUCUAUGCAGCACCCGCCCCACUGGACUGACGUAAUUGCUACGAAAAAAAAACUAAAGAUACAUCCAUAGCGGGAUAAUUAUGAUCAACACCAACCACUCGUUCACCAUCGUUUACGCGGCUGUCGUGGUCCUUUACUGCUAUGCAUUCGCCAACGGCUUAGACGACAUUUACUACCUACACAAUAACAUGAGUUGUUUGAAGUGCCAGCCGGGAACUUACUGGGUCGCACACUGCACGACUGACGGGGGAUCCGCCGUGUGCAAACCUUGCGCGGAAGGCACAUUCACAGCAAAAUACAACCUGGCGUGGUCUUGCCAGAAAUGCAGGUCAUCAUGUAGAAACACAAACCAUGGAGAUAGUGAGGAGCAGAGGGAGGAAGUUGCACACAAUUGCACGAGUACCUCCGAUUUGCUGUGUCGUUGUCGGACUGGCUUGUGGCGAGAGCCCGGAACCAACGGAGCCUGUCGGUUCGCUACUUCCUGUGGAUUGGGAUCCGGAGUUUUAACCAUUGCAAGUGAAACGAGUGACACAGUAUGCGUAGCUUGUACUCUUGGGGAAACGUUUUCAAACUCCACAUCGAAAACAGAACAGUGUCUUGCAUGCUCCAUAUGUGGCGCGGAUCAAACCAUUCAGCGUCUUUGCACCAAAACUGAGGACACUAUAUGUGCUGCAAAGAACGCAAAGAACGCAGAUCAGGAAAGGUUGAAUAUUGGCUUAGGAGUUGGGGUUCCAGUUUUCCUGAUAACAUGUGGUAUAGCAUGUGGUUUUGCCUUGCGUGCUUACCGGCGCUCCCGGAAUGCUCACGCAGACCAAACAUCGAACCACAAUGGUCAGGAACUGAACCGAUUAAAUGGAGUACAUCGGGACGCUUUUGAAAUGGAACACCUUGCCGAACAAGUCGAUGAUACAGAAUCUCAUGGCACCAAUGCAAAGUCAAAUCACGGUCAAAAUCACACAGUCGAUGAACGCCAUUUACCCGAGCCAGACGAUGCGUCAAAUCCAGAUUUGUUCAUGCAGAAAGUCUACACCGACUUAUCUAAAGUUAUGGACGGAAAUUACCAGCCAUUCUUUCGUAGAAAUAACAUAAGUGAAAAUAUCAUCAGCGUCAUUGAGACAGAAGAGAGACGCGUGCGUGAAAGGUGCUACAAGCUGUUUCUUGUCUUAGGAGGCAGACAGCCCGAUGUUCGCACGUUGCCAUCCAAUGAAAUUCCACUAGAAAUUAUUAGAAGAUUUAGAAACAUGUUUCAAGAAGAUUCGGAUUUGAUGUGUGCUCCAAAUUGCCUUGAUAUAUUAGACAGUUAUGAACAAACAUGGGCUCAAAUCAAUUCAAUGGCCGAAAGUUGAUAAUUGAUAACACACUUACCAAAAUUCGUGCCAAUUAGGUUUAUAAUAGGAAUGAAAGCAGAAAACUAGACCCGUUUUUGCCACGCUGAACGGAGGCAUUACCUAAAUUUUAAAAGGCAUUACACUAUUGCGAAUUAUACUCUUUAAUGGAUAAUCAGCACACACAGAUAAUAUAUGUAAAUAAGAACAUACAUAAGAACUGAUUUAUUAAACUUAGUGCAUUUUACUUGUUUGGUCUCAUAUAUUAUGUGUCUCGUGUGUUCUGUCUUGUUUUUGACAUAUCGUUGCCAGUUGCCACUAAGGUGUUUCAUGUUUUAGUUGUAUUUUUAUAGGGACUUAUCUAUAAUUUGGCAAAAUGAACAUUUAAAACGUAUAUAUUGUAAUAUUUGUUAAAACAUAUGUACAUUAUUUUCAAACAAAUAGUUGUGUUGGAAGCGAGUUAAAUAUAGCUCCUAAAGAAUAUGGGAUCGAAUCCCGGGGAAAUAAUGUUAUUGAAUUUUUGUGCGUUCUUGGGUUUAUAUUUGAGUUAUACUAUCCGUAUGAUUUCAGUGUUAUUUAAAUAUAUGUCAAAAAGCAUAAAAUAUAUGUGAAUAACUCUUUUUUUGUUUUGCUAUUUUGAUAUUUAAAUAUAAUUUCUCCAUUUACUUGGCAUUCACGAUAGCUAUGUAAGUUAUCAUAAAAUAAAUUCUUAACUAUUUGUAGUUAGUUGUUGUCAGGCUGCAAUAACGUAGUUCGAAACGAUGGGCGGACAAUUUCUGAAUGAUUCAUUCAAGUUGCCUUAUUUACAAGUAUAAACGGCAGGUAUGUGAAUAAGAUAAUAGCUCCCGAGCACGAGACUCAUCGAACCAACCCGAUAGAUUAAAUAGCAGGGUCUUGUCUUUCGAAAGAUUUCACGACAAGUUUCAGUUACGACUGAAAUUCGUAUCUUCAACAAAAUAUCAUUUAAAUUAUCAACAAUAGUUUAAUAAAAUUCACAAUAACUCAAAGAUGCCGAGAAAAUUAUUGCAUACAUUUAUUGAUAAACGAUAUCAUACAACAAUGCUGAAGAAGAUUAAUAUUUCUUCCACAAAUGUAUCGUUAUAUAAAUAUGCCAAACGAUCUUAAGUUUGUUCGUUCGGUCUCUCGCUCGCUCGUCCGUUCAUCCGCUUGUUCGUUCCUUUGUUCAUAUGUUAAGUGUUUGUUUUCUUGUUCAUGCUCAAUCGGUCUUGCCUGUUAGGCUAUUUAUGAUUGCAUUAUUUAAACUUGACGUUUUUCAUUUUUACAACUGUUUUAUAAUUGAUUUUGUUAACUUGAUAAAAUUGUUUUGUAAUUUUUGUGAGAUAAACGUGUUUACGGUA